CUCCCGAAACUUUUUUCCUCCUUCCCUUCCUCACCCAUUGCCAAGCUUCCCAACCCACAGUUCACAUCCCAACCAUGGCUCCUGCUAUGCGUCUAGCGACCUCUACGAUGAGGGCCUCUCUGAGGGCGCCCUCGCUUUUUUACAAGAACACUGCUUUCACGGCCGCGAGAUGCUACUCCUCCAAGAGCCAGACCUUGAAGGAGCGCUUCGCUGAGCUCCUGCCCGAGAAGAUUGAGCAGAUCAAGGCGCUCAGGAAGGAGCACGGUUCGAAGGUCGUCGACAAGGUGACCCUCGACCAAGUAUAUGGCGGCGCUCGUGGCGUCAAGUGCCUGGUGUGGGAAGGUUCCGUCCUCGACGCCGAGGAGGGCAUUCGCUUCCGUGGCAAGACCAUCCCGGAGUGCCAGGAGCUUCUGCCCAAGGCCCCCGGCGGCAAGGAGCCUCUCCCUGAGGGUCUCUUCUGGCUUCUCCUGACUGGCGAGAUCCCCACGGAGCAGCAGGUCCGCGAGCUUUCGGCUGACUGGGCUGCCCGCUCGGAGAUCCCCAAGUUCGUUGAGGAGCUCAUCGACCGCUGCCCUACCGACCUCCACCCCAUGGCCCAGUUCUCGAUGGCUGUCACCGCUCUCGAGCAGACCUCCUCUUUCGCCCGUGCCUACGCCAAGGGUGUGCACAAGAAGGAUUACUGGGGCUACACCUUUGAGGACUCGAUGGACCUCAUUGCCAAGCUCCCCACCAUUGCCGCCCGCAUCUAUCAGAACGUCUUCAAGGGCGGCAAGGUCGUCCCCGCCGAGAAGGACAAGGACUAUGCCUACAACUUCGCCAACCAGCUCGGCUUUGGCAGCAACCCCGACUUCGUUGAGCUCAUGCGUCUGUACCUCACGAUCCACACUGAUCACGAGGGUGGCAACGUCAGCGCCCAUACCACCCACCUGGUCGGCAGCGCCCUCAGCUCGCCCUUCCUGUCUCUUGCCGCUGGUCUGAACGGUCUGGCCGGUCCUCUGCACGGUCUGGCCAACCAGGAAGUGCUCAACUGGCUCACUGAGAUGAAGAAGACCAUUGGCGACGACCUCAGCGAUGAGGCCAUCACCAAGUACCUCUGGGACACCUUGAACGCCGGCCGUGUCGUUCCUGGCUAUGGUCAUGCCGUCCUCCGCAAGACCGACCCCCGUUACACUGCUCAGCGCAAGUUCGCUCAGGAGAAGAUGCCCGAGGACCCCAUGUUCAAGCUCGUCAGCCAGGUGUACAAGAUUGCCCCCAAGGUUCUCACCGAGCACGGCAAGACCAAGAACCCCUACCCCAACGUCGAUGCCCACUCUGGUGUUCUCCUCCAGUACUAUGGCCUGACUGAGGCCAACUACUACACUGUCCUCUUCGGUGUGUCCCGCGCAAUCGGUGUGCUGCCCCAGCUCAUCAUCGACCGCGCUGUUGGCGCUCCGAUCGAGCGGCCCAAGAGCUUCUCCACCGAGAAGUGGAUUGAGAUUUGCAAUAAGCUGUAAAUGGCUGUAAUAUAGGCGCAUUCCGCGCAUAGGGUUAGGUUGCUGGUGCACGGCGCGAAGGGUUCGUUUACGGUUAUAUCAUGUAUAGAAUGGAUGGGAUAUCUAGCGGUUUCUGCAGCCCGGGCAUUGGAGAUUGACGGGGCCGGUGGCUAUCCAUUACGAUUGUACGAUACAGCUUCCGUACGAUGGCCCUUAAGAUAGAAGUUUCACGGCGCUCAUUCCGACCCUACUAUGUACACAGUAGUUUGUGAGACGAAGAGCU